GUUCUGACUGAGAGGCAGUUUCAGUUUCUGUCACCGGCGUUCCAUACCUUCACCCUGCUAAUUGAGUGUUGUCAACAGACAAGGCAUGAGUUCGACUAAAGAAAGCGUACUUUCGGCUGCAAAGCAGUUUCUAAACUUUGUCAACAAGAGCCCAUCUCCCUACCACGCUGUCCAAGAAGUAAAGAAUAUUCUUGUAUCAGCUGGCUUUAAGGAAUUGAGUGAAACAGAACCAUGGUCAGUCAAGCCUUUGGACAAGUGUUUUUUGACCCGGAAUCAUUCUACCAUUAUUGCCUUUGCUGUGGGUGGAAAAUUUAAGCCUGGGAAUGGGUUCAGUAUUAUUGGAGCUCACACAGACAGUCCCUGUUUGAAGGUGAAGCCCUGCUCUAAAACUGAUAAGAGUGGGUAUCAGAUGGUGGGGGUGCAGUGCUACGGUGGGGGAAUCUGGCACACCUGGUUUGACAGAGACCUGACCCUGGCAGGUAGAGUCAUCACUAAGAAUGGAGAGAGGCUGGAACACAGGUUAAUAAAUCUGGAGAAGCCAAUCCUAAAGAUUCCUAACAUCUGCAUCCAUCUGAUGAGAGAUCACAAUGAGAAGUUCUCCCCCAAUAAAGAAACACACUUAUUGCCAGUAUUGGCAACAGCUGUUCAAGCAGAACUACAGGGUGUUUCAAAGAUCUCUGAAGAAAACAACAAAGAAGGAGUUAAAUAUGAGAAAGAUAAACAUCAGCCUCUCUUGGUUAAGCUUAUAUGUGAUGCACUGAACAUUAAACCAGAACAGAUGUUGGAUUUUGAACUCUGUCUAGCGGACACCCAACCUGCUGCUAUAGGUGGAGCAUUAGACGAGUUCAUCUUUUCCCCCCGACUGGACAAUUUGCUGAAUGCUUACUGUGCUACUAGUGCUUUGGCAGAAUCUUGUGAUGGUGGUAGUCUGGCAUCAGACACCAAUAUAAGGCUAAUUUGUCUGUUUGAUAACGAAGAGGUUGGUUCUGAGAGUGCCCAGGGAGCUGCCUCCACCCUGCAGGAACUUGUUCUCCGUCGACUUAGUGCUGGGGGGACAAAUACUGCUUUUGAGGAGGCCAUUCCUAAGUCCUACAUGGUCAGUGCAGACCAAGCUCAUGCCGUCCACCCUAACUACCCUGAAAAACACGAAGAAAACCACAAGAUUGGGUUACACAAAGGAGUUGCCAUUAAAUUCAAUGCCAACCAGAGAUAUGCUACAACAGCAAUGACUGCCUCCAUUUUGAGGGAGAUAGCCAGUCGAGGCCAGUGUCCACUACAGGAUAUAGUAGUGAAGAAUGACUCGGCCUGUGGAUCAACUAUUGGACCUAUCAUGUCUGCCAAGCUAGGAAUUCCAACCAUUGAUGUGGGAGCCCCCCAGCUUAGCAUGCACUCCAUCAGAGAAAUGUGUUGUACAAGUAGUGUCCUACAGACCAGUCAACUGUUCAAGGCAUUCUUUGAGCAUUAUCCGAGUGUGUUUACAUCCAUCCAGUGAAAUUUUUGUGGUAAUUCAGGGAUGUGAAGGGCCUUCUGUGAUCUGUGAUUUUACUUCCCUCAGUGACAUUGUUUCAUGAAAACACCCAUGUUUAUAUAAACAGGUCUGAGAUCAAAAUCUCAUCAUGUAUUCAAGAACUGUAUUUUCAAGAACGUGAACAAAUGCACAUGUAAAUGCCUUCACAUUUUCUUACAUAUACAUGUCUAGUAUUUUCUCCCUUUUUUUUCUUGAAAACCCAUCGAGUGUUGUUUAUCUGAAACGAUAAACAUAAUUUACUUCUAAACUUUUAAAAGCCAUUUGUAUGAAAGAUUUUCUUAGGAGUGUCAAAGGUAAACUUUUUCUUGGCAAUGUUUUUUUCUUUUUCAGUGCAACUUAUGGAUUGAUAAUACAGUAUUUUACAUAUUGUAUGAAUAAUUUAAAGAUCUAUAUAAAGAUUUAAAAAAUGUC